GGUGGCACCCAAUAUUUUAUAAAUUUUGACUUCUUCCGCUUGCAAUACCCUACACCCACAAAGUUCCUAUAUAUACAGAGACCUACAAGAGGAUCACCACUUCAUCCCUCUUUGUCUCUGUCUUCUUCAUCGUCUUCUUCACCAUUAAGAGAUCACAGUGUCUACCUGAGAUUUAAAGCUAUGGCUACGCGUGCGUUUCUCUUGACUUCACUGCUUCUCUCUUGCUUGUUGCAGAUUUGUUCUGGUGCCUAUUUUUCAUCUCUCCAACGAACUCUAAUUGUCACAGCUUCACCGAAAGCUGGAGAAGUUCUAAAAUCUGGAGAAGACAAAAUCACUGUGACAUGGGGUCUAAACCAGUCUUACCCAGCCGGGACAGACUCAGCCUACAAGACCGUGAAGGUCAAGCUCUGCUACGCGCCGAUAAGCCAAGAGGACCGCGCCUGGAGAAAGACGGUGGACCACCUAACAAAAGACAAAACCUGCCAGCACAAGAUUGUUUCACAGCCCUACAAAGCUUCCAACAAUUCCGUAGAGUGGACUAUAGAGAAAGACGUGCCGACAGCCACGUACUUCAUACGCGCCUACGCGUAUGACGCUGAGGAUCAAGAGGUGGCAUACGGACAAACCACAGACGCCCACAAGACCACUAAUCUCUUUGGCAUUGAAGCAAUCACAGGCCGCCAUGUAUCCCUUGACAUUGCUGCCGUUUGCUUCUCUGCUUUCUCAGUGAUUUCACUUUUCGGGUUCUUCUGGGUGGAGAAGAGAAAGAGUAGAGUGGCCAAGUAAAGUGGUGCCUAAUCAUAGAAGUUAACCACUAUGACUGUUUCCCUGUUUCGUUUCCUUUCCUUUCCUUUCCUUUCCUUUCCUUUUAGUUAUGUAUCUGUGACCAUGUUGACACGGUCCUACAAUGAAGUGAUGUGGGGUUGUGGGGAGGAUGUGUCUGUGGUUUACUUGUUUUGGGAUUGUCGUAGGGAGUGAUCAUCUAUCUUUGUUUGCCAAGAAAAUGAAAAUGAAACAAAUGGGUUUUACUACCUGUCAUAUCAAAUUAUUUGGCAAUGUAUUAACAAUAGUAUACUCCAUUUGAUA